CGAGAUCAGACAUGUAUGGAAGAGUCAAGAGAGGAGCACCACAAUAUUCAUCGAAUUGUUAAUAGUGAGAGAUACUAAUACCACCACUCUAUCUUCAGCCAACAACUACAACGUUUUCAAGUGCUUGAUAGCGCUCCUCGUCGCUUCUCCCGGCAGGAAAGAACAAGAUGAGGAUACCAGACUCAUCAAGGAGCCUGCUCGUUCGUUGCGUCCUUUUUUGUCCGUCAAUAUUGAGCUGCCUCUUUGCCUCGAUAAGACAGACUUCGCCAAUCUCUUCCUGUCCGUCAUCUCUUGGCCCCGGUGCUGGGCCUAUAGUGUUGGCACUUGCAGAUGACACUCCCGCGACCGGACGAGUCCAGCUUCCUGAGCAUUUCGAGUAUUCCACCGGGGACCUAAGCCCGGAUCUCAUAGGUGGGAAGCCUUUGAGACCGCGAAACAUCAUGAACAUGAUUCCAAAGAAGAUGGGUGUUCCUCUUGCGUUCGGAUGGCAGGCAGGUUUCGAUGUGGAUUUUCCGAAUCGACGUACUACACUAGUGACUCUGUUCAUUCUUCUCGCCGAAUUCGAAGUUUAGCUUGCCCUUAUCUUUUUGCCGUUACUGAUUGCAGGUUAUUUGUUCACCAUCUCCCUCCUCUUCUUCUGCAUCUUCACGUAGUAACAUUUGUUAUGUCCUCACUCAGCCUCCGCCACCUCUCUCACUACAGCACAAGUGGUUUAUCAUCCGUGCGUUCACCUAGGAACAUGCUUAGAGAAGGAGCCAUGGUCAGCAGAGCUGAAACCCUUCAAACGAUCCGCAUACUCACGUCCUGUUCGGUAGCAUGCUAUGUAUAGAAGAUGGCAGAUCAUAACCAUGCUUAUUCUGGGCACGAAAUUCUUCAAUGGAGCAUGAUAUUGAAUGAAGAUAGCUGAGAAAAUCAAUGGAACAUGCUGCAACAUUCUUCAAGAUACAUUGAUAUCUUCAAUUGGAACAUGAAGACGCAUAUCUUUCGCAAUAAUCGCUAUCGCCGCUACGAAAUAUUAGAUACUUUUCUUCGGCGAUCAGAUUUUGUUGAUCACUAAACGAUCACUUGCGCUUCGACGCCCGAGCUCUCCGAGAAUAUAAGCAUUUUAUCGUGUUUUCCUUGUCCACUG